UGGUGUCUCAAUGAAGGCUCUCAUUCUAGCCGCUGGAUACGGAACACGUCUGGAGAAGGAUAUAGACGCUGACGAGUCGGGAAAGUUUUUUUCACUUGUGGGGAUCCCCAAACCUCUACUUUUGGUUGGUGGAGUUGCGCUUGUAAGUCGAUGGAUUAGACUUCUAGAGGCAGCUGGAGUCACCGAAAUCAUUGUGGUGACUAAUGACAAGUACUUCGAUCAGUUCUCGAAAUGGUCGGUCGAUUUUGAGAACGUGAAACUAUUAAAUAAUGGAACGAGGAGCAAUGAAGAUCGUCUGGGUGCUAUUGGUGAUAUACAUUUUGCCAUUCAGGAACAAACUAUAAACGAUGAUCUUGUGAUUGUUGGGGGUGACACUCUGUUUUUUGAAGAUUUUGACCUGAGAGACUUAAUUGAGAAAUUUGAGGUACGAAAACGGGAAGACAGUGGGAGUUUUGGUGGAGUUGUGUUGAGGUAUGUGUGUAGUGAUGAUGAGACCACUAGACGCGGUAUCUUGGAGAUCGACAAAUCAGAAAGAGUAAUUGAUUUCUUAGAGAAACCUUUGCCUCGGAUGACGUCAUCAAGGAAUGCUUGUCCGUGCUUUUAUCUAUUAUCGCAACACGGGCAUUCUCUUAUUGGUCAGUUUUUGGACGAGAGGCGGGACCGUCCUUUGAGAGAGAAAGAUGCUCCUGGAAAUUUGGUGUUGUACGUGUGUCAACGUUUGGCAAUGUUUGCCGUUGAGAUCUCUGGGAGAUUUGAUGUGGGGUGUCUGUCGAGUUACGUUGAGUGUGACAGAUACUUUACAAGUAAAGAGAACAAAAUAUAAUUUACUUUGGACUCGUGUCUGUAGUGAAAGUUAGACAUAAUUCGGAGAUUGAAUUUAUGACGAGAAUAUUUUCUAUUCGAACUACAAUUUUUUUGUAAGUUUUCACACAUACUAUUAUUAUUUGGAAAUCUAAAGAGUGUAUUGAUUUCAAUGCAGACCAGAAGUGCUUUCGCUAAAAUAAAAAUCAGCUAA